AUGUCCUCCACUCACCCAAACCCGGCCACAACAUCCACUCUCAUCUUUCUCUCAAUAUUACUCCUUUGUUUUCCGACAACAACAAAAACCGACAACCCACCGUGCCCGUAUCCAUGUUACCCACCACCCACCGGAAUCGUCACUCCCACAACCCCUUCAGCUGGUGGUGGUUCUACAGUUCCACCGUCACCACCUCAACCCGGGUUAACAUAUCCGCCACCUUCUGGGUCCUACCCUAAUUACCCAACACCGCCUUACGGCGGCGACAACGGCAACGGAGACGACUAUAACGGCAGCGGAGGUGGUACUUUUGGCGCCCCACCCCCCCCUGACCCUAUUCUUCCGUACUUUCCAUUCUACUACAAAAAGCCACCUCACAAGCAAGAGGACAAUUCAGCAUCCACCGGUUUGAAGAAAUGGAAAGAGAUUGUUCUCACUACUAGUUUAUCGUUGUUGCUUCUUCUCUCUGUAUAA